AUAUAUGAUACACAUUGAUAUAUACAUACAUUGAACAUUAGAUUUCAUAAGCAAUGUUAUCAUAAAUUACUUCUUAAAUUACUACUGAUAGAAAUUUUCCAGUACACUAGUAAAGUAAGCGACACUUCUUAGCAAAAAACAAAUGUCUACAUCAACAGAUGACAAAACCAGCCUAAAAAAUGGCGAAGAAUUAAAAGAAAAAUUUGAUCCUACUGAACAUCAACAUAUUCGAUACAAUCCUUUAAAGGGAGAAUGGGUAUUAGUAUCACCACAUCGAAUGAAACGACCAUGGGGAGGACAAAUUGAAUCAAAUGUAGAAGAAGAUCUUCCAGAUUAUGACCCUAAUAAUCCACUUUGUCCAGGCAAUAUUAGAGCUAGUGGACAGAUAACUCCAAUAUAUGAAAAUACAUAUUCAUUUAUUAAUGACUUUCCUGCAUUAUUGGAAUCAGUUCCCAGUCCAUCAAAAUCAGAAGAUGAAUUAUUUCAAAUGGAUGCUGCUAGAGGUAUUUGUAAAGUAAUGUGUUUUCAUCCAAAAUCAAAUGUAACAAUAGCACUUAUGAAAAUUUCUGAAAUUAAAGAAGUCAUUAAAAGAUGGAUUUUUGAAAUGCUUGAGUUGGGAGAAAAAUGGACUUGGGUACAAAUAUUUGAAAAUCGUGGUGCUUUAAUGGGAUGUAGCAAUGCUCAUCCUCAUUGUCAAAUUUGGGCUAGCUCUUUUUUACCAAAUGAAGCUAAAAUAAAGGAUAGAUUUCUCAGUGAUUAUUAUAAUCGCAAUAAGAAACCACUUCUUAUAGAUUAUGUGCAAAAAGAGCUUUUUAAAAAGGAACGCAUUGUAUUAGAUAAUAGAGAUUGGGUAGUUUUAGUACCAUUUUGA